AGGAGAGAAGAAGAAGAUAAAUGCUCCAACAUCUUCAGGGACUCAUUCAACAUUUCAUCCAGACAAAUGGCUUCCAAAGAGAGCCAUCUGACCACCACACUCCUGGUGUCCAUCCUGGCGGCGGUGCUUGGCUCCCUGCAGAUCGGAUACCACACGGGGAACGUCAACGCUCCAGCCAAGAUCAUUGAAGAGUUCUUCAAUCACACCUGGAGAGCCAGACACAACGAGUCGAUGCCAGACCACAGCCUGACCCUGCUGUGGUCGCUCUCUGUCAGCAUUAAAGACUUCGGCGCCUUGCUCGGCUCGCUAGGAGUCAAAUAUCUGGCAGAUUCUUACGGAAGACGUAACUCCAUCCUCAUAGUGAACUGUCUCUCCAUGGUCGGAGCAUGUCUGAUGUCCACCUCCAAAGUCUGCGAGUCGUUUGAGGUCCUCAUCCUGGGACGGUUGGUGUUCGGUCUCUUCUGCGGCCUAGUGAUGAGUCUCAAUCCACUCUACAUCCAGGAAGUGUCCCCCACAAACCUGAGGGGGGCUUUCGCUACACUCAACCAGGUGUCCUUCGCCUUAGGCAUCCUGCUGGGAAUGGUGGCCGGUCUGGAGACAGUGUUGGGCACGGAGCAUAACUGGGCCAUGAUGCUGUCCCUGUCCCUCAUCCCGGCCUUGGCACAGUACCUGAUCUUCCCAUUCUGUCCAGAGAGUCCUCGCUACCUGCUCAUCAACCGAGGAGAGGAGAGCAAAGCCGAGGCCGCCCUGCUGAGGCUGCGGGGCGGCACAGACAAGGUGCUCACGGAGCUGGAGGAGAUGAAGGAAGAGGCCGCCCACACUCAGACCGGCGUUACCAUCCAGGAGUUCUUUAAGAAGCAAAGAUACAAGCAGCCAAUCAUCAUCGUCCUCAUCAUCAACUUAGGCAGCCAGCUGUCUGGAUUCAAUGCGAUCAUCAAUUAUUCCACAAGGAUGUUCCAGGCUAAGUUUGACCAGGCCAAAUACCUGACUCUGGGUGUGGGCGCCGUCAAUGUGACCUUCACUCUGGUGGCAUUCUUCCUGAUGGAGAGGGCGGGGCGAAGGAGAUUACUCCUGACUGGUUUCAUCUCCAUCGCAGUGUGUACCUUACUAAUGACCAUCGUCGACUCCGUCCAGCACCUGGUCCCGGAGCUGCGGAGCCUGCAGGUCUUGCUGGUUUUCUGCCUGAUUUCGGCCUACGAGCUGGGUCCAGGUCCAAUCUCCUGGUUCAUCGCUGCUGAGCUCUUCGACCAGCCCGGCAGGCCCAUCGCGAUGGCCUUCACCAGCAUGCUCAACUGGGGAGGGAAGUUUGUCCUGGCACUCGUCUUCCCUCCGUUACUGAAAGUCUGCGGUGCAUACGUCUACCUCCUCUUCAUGGCCGUGGCUCUGCUCGCCUUCACCUUCACCUGGAUUCGCCUCCCGGAGACAAAAGGUCGCACGUUCGAUGACAUCGCAGAGGAGUUCAGAGGAGCAGAGGGAAUCCCUUUAAACAAUAAGACCGGAUUCAACACUUUCACCUGACCGAGCGUCAUCAAUCACAGCACGUGGUCAUGGACUAACGGUUAGAGGGUCAGGGGUUUGAUUCCAGUCACUCAGGACAAUCAGAGCAUAUCGCACACAACAAGUUUGUCAAAAAAGUGUUGUCAAAAAGUUCACCAAAAUGGGAAGUUAUCUUGAAUAACCACGACAGGAGGUGCUGAUUUAGAUUUUCUAUCUUUACAGCUCUAUAAUCGAGAGCAAAACCAACAUAUUUUAACUUUUUUUUAAUGGAAAUUCUAUUUUGUGUUCGCUACAAAACGCUGACUGUUAAUCAGGGUAACUGUCCCCGGGUUACACGACCAUCUGUCGUUCUCGUGUGAAGUGAAACCUGCUUCCCUCAUCAGCUGCUGCAGUCUCCUGACUCCUGGAAGAAAUAUUAAUUAUUAAAACACGAUCUACAAUCUGUGGCAUGAGGCCACUGUUUGCAGUCUCU